CUGGGCCCGUUUCAGCACGCCUUCCGUCCUGCGUAAAAAAAAAAAAAACACUUCUGCCAUCAGCUUCAGGCCACGCCCUUUCUCAGGGGCAUGAACGGAAGAAGUCUAGUCUUCACUUCCCACAGUAAGUGCUGGCAUCGGGCUUUUUUUUCUUCUUCUUCUUCGGGAUAAUUAUGAGCGCCGCGGAGAAUGGCGGAGUCCAACGCGCUUGAAGAGCUGCAGUCGGAGCUCACCUGCCCGGUGUGUCUGGAGCUCUUCCGCGAUCCGGUGAUCCUCGAGUGCGGACACCACUUCUGCCAGGUGUGUAUCAUCCAGUGCUGGGAGGCGAAGGCCGACGAGCUUUCCAGCUGUCCAAAGUGUAGGAAGUCGUGCGCUCGCAAACUGCGGCCCAACUCGCUGCUGUGCAACGUGGUGGACAGUGUGCGCAGAGCCCGCGCCAUGGACGCGGCCGCCGCGGGGACUCCGGGCUGGGACCCCGCGGGGCCCCUGGAGAUGCCGGAGGAACGGGAGCCCGGCUCCAGCAUGAGCAGCGUGACCUCCUCCGUCGGCCACUGGCCUCACCUGGUUGUGGACAUGUGUGAGGAGCAUGAGGAGAAGCUGAAGCUGUACUGCGAGGACGACCAGCUGCCCAUCUGCCUGGUGUGCGGGAUGUCCCGGGACCACAAGAUGCACAACGUGAUUCCGAUCACGGAGGCCUUUGAAAACUACAGGGACAAGCUGGUUGUGGCUUUGGAGAGGGUGAAGCUGCAGACGGAGGAGGCCACGCUCUUCCAGAAACAGACCAAUGAAAAGAUCCUCCUGGUUAAGGGGCGCGCAGGAGACCUGGAGGAGCUGGUUACCGCCGAGUUUGGCCGUCUGAGGGAGUUCCUGCUUGAGGAGGAGGAGAGCAUCAAGGAGAAGCUGCAGAAGGAGAAAGAAGAGAAGCUCAAUCAGCUGGAGGAGGCGCUCACCCAGGCCACAGAGCAAAUCAGCCAGCUGGAAAGCACGGCGGAAAGACUGCGCCUCAAACUGAGAGAGGAGGAAAACCCUGAGCAGCUCAAGGGAAUCAAAGAUUUCAUCGGAGGGGCCGAGAGUUUGUUUGAGCGCCCCCCAGAGGUCAGUGUGGACCUGAAGUCAGGAGAGUAUGUGGGACCCCUGCAGUACAGGACCUGGAGGAAAAUGAGCUCAAUCUUCCAGCCGGCCGUCUCAGCGGUGACCCUUGACCCGGACACGGCCUACCCCUGCCUGUGGGUGUCCGCCUGUCACACCAGCGUCCAGGUGGGAAGGAUCCAACCCAACCUUCCCAACAAUCCCGAGCGCUUCACCCGCUACAACAUCGUGCUUGGCUCUGAAGCGUACUCCUCAGGCAGACAUUACUGGGAGGUUGAGGUGGGCUGCAAGAAAGCGUGGGGUCUGGGUGUCGCCAGAGCCUCUGUCAACAGGAAGGAGGAGAUCAGCCUCUGCCCCGACGACGGCUUCUGGACCCUGGUGCGGAGGUACAAAGGCGACGGCACCAGCGAAUACGAAGCGUGCACCGACGCCGACGACACCUUGAUAUAUCCCCCCGAUCCCCCCAAGAGGGUGGGAGUCUAUCUGGACUACGGACGUGGCGAAGUGUCUUUUUAUGACGCCGGAGCGAUGAACCACCUCUUCACCUUCUACAACGCAAACUUUAAAGAGCCGGUGUUCCCUUACUUUAAUCCGUGGCCAAUCAUGGGUGGACAGAACCGAGAGCCACUCACCAUCAUAACGCCACACUGGGGAUAGGCGCCCCCUUUUUGUUUUUGCUUUCAUUAAAGAGCAGCAGGAGAUUCCAGCUACGGACUGCCGUGGCAGCGUCUCAUGACACUUCACAUGUCUGCCUGACAAAGAGCUCCUGUCUGUGUGACGCUGAAAUUUCUGACGAGGAAUUUAACUCCUGAAUGACCAGAGACGAACAUCAUGAAAGGCACUUUAGAAUCUGACAAACUCUGUUUUUAAAGAUCAAAAUUCAGUCACUGGGGCGUUUUCCUGACAAAUAUGAUCCGUUUAGCUCAAAUCUGGUUGGUGCUAUUCAUUUACCCCGCAGAUUCAUUGUUGUUUGGCUAAUUUAGCGUAGCAUUGGUCUGGAAAAUGCAAAUGUUAGCAACCGUGAAUGUGAACCUACAGAUAUUUUGACAUAUCGCAUGCAACGUACACAAUGGCCAUAUCCUAUUCAGGAUAUGGCCCUUUAAGUUGUUUUAGCCUGCCUGUCUGUGCUUUCUUUUCCACAAAGUGUUUUGUAACAAACCUACAGACAAGUUAAUACUGUUUCUGGCUUUGUUGUUACAAAAGCUGGUGUCUGUGAUGCUCACUUUUCCUGUUUGGGAUCCCACACGGAUUCCGCCUCACGUGGAAAAACACGCAGGCCUCCCAGAACACUGUGGAUUAUAAACUUCACCUGCACACGCAAAUCAAUGAAACACACAGCUGACACAAUUUAUCAAUUGAACUAAAUCCCCCUAACAGGAUUGACUGACUUAUUUUUAAGUCAGUCCUUCAUAACUGGGUCAUCACAGCUGGAAAAAAAGCUUUAAAACAAAUAAAAACCCGCUUUGAGUCAUUUAUUUUAAUCAUUUAAUGACUAGGAAAUGUGUGGAUCAAUUUUAUCCAUUCAGAUUUUGCACAUAUAACAAAUAUUGAAAUUGUGUUUCAAGCCUGAAACUAAAUAAUUUUUUGAUAAAUUCUUAAAAAAUAUUUAAUUAAAAUCUUAUUUCACCAAAUUUCACUCUGGAUUUUUAACAGCUGAAUAAUAAAUGUUUAUGAAUAUUUUGUUUAUAAAACCUUGUCAAUUGAGCGUCUAAAGUUUUUGUUCAUUAGGAAGUGGGCAUGACCUGAGGGACAGAUUUUUUGUUUUUUUACAGCUUUAAUUGUGAUGCACACUUCUCUACUUAUUACAAUAUUUUAAUUGUACUUUUUGUUUUUAUUUGGAGCCUCUACAUCAUGAUCAAAAAAGACCUCUGUGUUCAUAAGUGAGGUUGUAAUUAUUCUAUUAAAUUUCCCUCUGAG